ACAAAAAACUGCCUCUCUUUCUUCCGACACACAACCUCCAUCCCCAUGAUCUCAUGAAUAAAUUAUAGCGGCUCAUUGUGCAAUAGAGGGAGGAAUGCAGUUGAGACUAGGAAAAUACGGCCGAGGGUAACGUUACAGACUACACAUCGAUCAAGGUAGCACCGUCUUCUGAGGGAAACUCUUCUCUGCGUCUCGAGCGAGGCGGCUGUAACUUAGCUAGCUAGCUAGCCUCACUCGACCAUUGUAGAUGGAUUAUACCAUUAGGAAACGAUAACUCCGUCGUACAAGUUUUAACUGCACAUUGUACGGAUUCCCGUGGCAUAAUUUGAUGCGUGUAGAUACGUGAAAGCACGGUCGCACAGGUCUUCGAAAAAGGAUUUCCACCGCAGAGUUACGGAUCCAACCUCGGGCAGCUGGAGUCUUGAGACUGCCUGCCAGGUUGAGGUGAUUUGGGGUUUGCUCCUGACCCCUGCGUUCCUCCGAUGAACCCCAUCAACUCCAUGAAACCUGCCCUGCCUCCAACGCCACACAGUGACGGCUCUUACCCCUAUGACCCAGCGUCCUGGCAGCAAGGCUCCAACCAGCCCCCUGGCUCCCUCUCCGUGGUAACCACUGUGUGGGGGGUUACCAGUCCUUCACCUAGCCAGGUUUUUGGCGCUCCCAUGGGCCCUGGUGGUAACUCGGCUGGUGGUCACAUGAUGCCCGGUAAUAGUCCUGGUAUGAGCUCGCCCCAGUUCAUGGGGCAGCAGGGCUACCCAGAGCCCAACAAGGGCUACAUGCAGCAAGGCAUGUAUGGGCGGCCCAGCGGGGGCUACCCCGCGGGGCCCACCUAUGGGGGCAGUUAUCCCAACAAUGGCGGUGGCUCCCUGGGGAUGCCCCCUCACGGAGUCCGCCCCCCCACCGACUUUACCCAAGCCGCCGCCGCAGCCGCCGUGGCUGCCGCCGCCGCCACAGCAACCGCCACCGCCACAGCGACCGUGGCUGCCAUCCAGGAGAAGCAAAACCAGGAAAUGAACUACGGCCCUAUGGGUGGUGCUUCCUCUUAUAACACCCAGUUCCUGUCGCAUUCGGGGCCACGUGGACCACCUGGCAUGGCCCCCUCCGGGAUGGUGGGCUCCAGGCCCCCGUCCAUGGGACCCAUGUACCCCUCCCAGGGCCAGCGGCUGCCCCAGCAUGCUGGUUACCCGGGGGGCCAGCAGGGACCCCCGCCGCGACACCAGCAGGGCUUGAAACGCCCCUACAACUCUGAGGGGUUCCCGGGGCAACAGUACGGCUCGGGGAUGGGGCCGGCAGGUCCGUACCCCGGGCAGGCAAUGCAGUACCAUGGGCCCGGUCCCCAGCGCUCCGCCUCCUCACCCUCCUACACAGGCCACAGGAUGGCACUGCAGCAGACCAGCAUGGGCCAGUACCCUGCCGGACCAGGCAACCCCGGCCAGUACUACAAGGCGGAGCAGUUCAACGGACAGGGUAACAACCACGGUAGCCUAACAGCGGGAGUGGCAGGAGGCGGAGGGUACACCACCUUUAACCAAGCGACUGUCAAUGGGCCCGGGCGGGCGAUGUCUGGAUACCCCAGCUCACCCCUCCCAGGAAAUCCUACCCCUCCCAUGACCCCUGGCAGCGCCGUGCCACCCUACAUGUCUCCCGGACAGGACGUGAAGUCUCCCUUCCUCUCCGAUGUCAAGCCCAACAUCAACUCGAUGCAGCCCCCUACAGGCAACCCGAGUGAUGACCUGCGACUGACCUUCCCCGUGCGGGAUGGGGUCGUGCUAGAGCCUUUCCGCCUGGAGCACAACCUCGCUGUCAGCAACCACGUCUUCCAGCUGCGGGACUCCGUCUACAAGACACUCAUGAUGAGGCCAGACCUGGAGUUGCAGUUUAAGUGCUACCAUCACGAGGACCGGCAGAUGAACACCAACUGGCCGGCCUCGGUGCAGGUCAGCGUCAAUGCCACACCCCUCACCAUUGAGCGCGGCGACAACAAGACGUCCCACAAGCCCCUCUAUCUGAAACACGUGUGCCAGCCAGGACGCAACACCAUCCAGAUCACUGUCACCGCCUGCUGCUGUUCUCAUCUGUUCGUGCUGCAGCUGGUCCAUCGGCCAUCUGUGCGUUCUGUGCUACAGGGCCUGAUGAAGAAGAGGCUCCUGCCUGCUGAACACUGUGUCACAAAGAUCAAGAGGAACUUUAGUAGUGGGACCAUCCCGGGCACCCCCGGCUUGAACGGCGAGGACGGCGUUGAGCAGACGGCCAUCAAAGUCUCCCUCAAGUGUCCCAUCACCUUCCGCCGCAUCCAGCUACCUGCCCGCGGCCAUGACUGCCGACACAUACAGUGCUUCGACCUGGAGUCUUACCUGCAGUUGAACUGUGAGAGAGGGACCUGGCGCUGUCCUGUGUGCAAUAAGACUGCUCUUCUGGAGGGACUGGAAGUGGAUCAGUACAUGUUGGGCAUCCUCAUUUACAUCCAGAAUUCAGACUACGAGGAAAUCACCAUCGAUCCAGUGUGCAGCUGGAAGCCGGUCCCAGUCAAGCCUGACCUGCACAUCAAGGAGGAUCCGGACGGUCCGGCCCUGAAGCGCUGCCGCACCCUCAGCCCCAGUCACAUGAUCCUACCUAGCGUCAUGGAGAUGAUCGCUGCGCUGGGUCCGGCCUCCUCGCCCUACCAGUCUCUACCACAAGGUGGCAGCAGCAACACACCAGAUUACCCCAGCCAAGCUGGUUCAGGAUACUCCAACCAGCCAGGCUUCUCGGAUUUCCCCAAUGCUCCUGGCACUCCGACCCUGGGGGAGUUUGCCUCAGGUCCCCCUCCCCUCUCCUACCAGGCGGACUUACCUAGUGGCCUCCUGACCCCUGAAAAGCCCAUGGGUCACCCCAUGUCUGGCCAGAUGCCUCACUCUAGUCGCAUGGAUCCUUCCCACAACCCCUUGCAGCAGCAGCCGCCGCCUCCACCGCCACAGCAGCCGCCGCCGCAGCACCAAGCCCUGCACGGCACAUCCAGCCUGGGUGGUCCCGCCGGGCCCAUGCACCCCCGCGGCUCCACCCAGAACCCCAGGCUACACACGGACAGCUUCGGCCUGGCCGGCCCCGGGGGGCCGGGCGACGUCGCCGAGCCCGCCCUUGAUCUGCUCCCCGAGCUCACGAACCCGGACGAACUGCUGUCCUACCUGGGCCCGCCCGACCUCCCCAACAACAGCAACGACGACCUGCUCUCACUGUUCGAGAGCAACUGAGCAUGCUCACCGCUUCCACACCACCUCCAGCUAAGCCACACUGUCCUAGAAAAAAUAAAAACAACAACAAAAAAACCCACAAAAUAACAAAAACAAAAAAAAAAAACACCACCCCCCUUCCCCACACACACUCAGCACACAGUUAGGAAACUUGCGGCUGUGGUCCGGGGGUCCCUCACAUAUGUUUGAGUCUAAUUCUUUGCCCACCAUGUUCCUUUGAGACUGGAAUGCAGUAAUUCUUGUGGCAAGGAAGAUGUAGAAGAUAUUUUAAUGUGACAUUGUUACUGUUAGUCUGCCUCCCAAACUGUCAAGAUUUUAUUGUGAUUUUUUUUUUUUUUUUUUUUUUGGUUUUUUUUUUGGUUUUGUUGUUCUUUUAAAUUUUAAUUAAAAGUCUUUCAUCAGAUUUUUGCCUCCUGCAAAACCCAUUUGUAGAAAAAGCACCUCAUCUGAUGUUGGACUUGUGCUUGGUGUAAAUUACUUUGGGAGGAGCACAAAGCUGUUUUGGGAUUGGCUCAUCUCCACGUGUCACAUGUUUAAAUCAAGUGUAAAGUCGUACUCGCAGUCUUUUGAACUCCUGUAUUUGUGGAUGCAGAGAAGGAGGGCCGAGUUUUCUAAAGCUAUGAGCUCCGUCAAGGACGAUCCAGGGAAAAGCCAAAAUAGUUCUUACCUCGGUUGUGGAGCUGAACACAGGGAAGAGCUGAACGCAAACAGACCCUGCAGACACACGAGACACAGACACGCCUUACCUCAACAGGUUCAAACGAACACCCACCAGUAAGCUAGCACCCUUCCCAGUAUAUGUCCUCCCUUUUACUUGAUCUCACCAACUUCUACUUUUACUUGAAGUCCAAGAGUUUGUACUUUGUUAGACGACGCCUCUUCGCAAAACCCAUGCCCCCCCCCACCGCCAUUGUCUGGAGAUGCAGUCACAAAAUGCAUCUCACAGUAGCAACAAGGGAAUGUACUGUAUACAUAUAAUGUAUCGCACAAUGUUGCCAAAACACCGUGGAAGAACGCUCUAUCUAGAGGCAGGCCUCUGAGAACUGCAGUCUCCUGCGGCUGCUGGAGAUGAGAGGGAACGCGCUCAGUCCGCAGGAGUGUGUUUACUCCAGAUGAAAGCAUAUAUUCAGCCACUGACUAGAAGAAGCACACGCGAGCGUGCACACACACACACCUCUUUUAGCUGCAUCCAGUGUCUGGCGCAUCUUCGCUCUCUGGUCCACUCUUCCUUAUCUCUCUCUGCAUUUUUGCUCUGUCUUUCAUUCUUUUCUCCUCCCCCUUAAAUAACUUUGUCUUCCUGCCCAAAGUCUUGUGCUUGAUUGCACUUCUCUCUCACACAAGGCGGGAGAAGAAGGAAAAAACACUUGGCAUUGAUUGUUCCCCCUUUAUCACCAUUUUAAGUUUGCCACGUGGAUUUUGGUUCCUUUUUUUGAUGCACGAGAGUGUCAGUACUCAGUACGUGGAGGGCCUUGCAGAUAAACCGCUGAUUCAGUAGAGGAAAAAGUGCAAACAAAAGGAAGUGUCUCAGAGCACAAGUAACUAUCCAAUCAUAUACUGUAGACAGGGUAUAUUAUACAUACAUACUGACACAAACGCUCUCUCAAAGCAACUCUGAAUAAGGACAGUCAUUUCCCAGUGAGUUGUACGGUUUUGUCUAGUCUGUGAUUUCAGCCUCCUGAUGGUCUGAAGGCAAUAUGUAACCCUGUUAUGGACGAAGAGCAAUUAAGGAUCUGUGUUGAAAAUAUGUACAGACAUAAGAUUAUUAUUGUUACAGGUGUGAACACUCUUUACCCCAUGAUAUUAAAAUACACAUACAAACACACUUUAAACACUAUGACAUUAAAUUUGUCAGAUAUGCUCGUGUUGCAUUUCCUUUCUAUGCUUUCCUUUUCUGUUCAGUUGAAAAAGUUGAUGGAGAGAUGGAGCAGCUCCCACCCUGUUUCUUGUCCUAGUUUAUUAUUUAUAAUUGCUCUCUGGACCCUGUCAGCUAUGUGCAGUUUGUAUCAUAACAAUCCAGGGAGUGUCAGGAGUUACUGGAUGUGCAAUUGUUUUGAAGACAUUUGUGUAUCAUACAAUUUUAUCUUUGAUUAUAUAAUUAUUGUUAUAAUAAUUAUAAAGAUAAUUGGUGGACCUGUAUGCAUCUCUCUGUGUGUUAUCUAGCAAAGUUUAUGAAUUUGUUUAAAAAAAAAAAGUUAAUUUCACCAUCAUAUCUGUGACUUUGAAGGUUUUCAAUAAGAGAGCUGAGAGACUUCGUUGAGACCAGCACCAAGUCACACAAACUGUUAAUCAAGCUGUUUUGAAAAAUGUUUGACUGUCAUGUGUAGGUGAAUCUUUAAGUUCUGACAAUUGAAUUAAACUUGUAAAAUUGAAAUCAUUUUGUUUUUCUAAAGAUGUGAAAUAUUUCCAUUAUGUUUUUUAAGUAAAGACUUAAGCCCCA